AUGUUUUCAAGCAAUGAGAACGUCUUCACAGAUACACCUCAAACUCCCUUUCGCGAGUUCAUUCCUGAUCUAAGCAUUGACAGAUUCACGUCUAUGCGCAAGCAAGAUGCUUAUGAAUAUGCAGACGCCUUCAAGAAGGACGGGAAUCCCCCUUGGAUCCACGGGUUGUAUCUGCAUUGGAGAGAGCUACUCGCCGAGCCGUAUAAGGGCGUGACAAAUGACGGCAAUGUUCGGGGAGACCUGUAUAAGCUUGAAGACGAUGAUGUGCCGAUUGAAAGGAUUGUUAGAGCCGCCAACUUGGUCAUCUCGAAGAUGACACAAGAGCAAAAGACACACUCUCACUAUCACAUUGACUCUCCGGAAUGGAGGACUUGGUCAAAUCCAGAGUUUCUGCUAAGCCCAAAGGGCAUUCGUCUCGAUGAGAUAAACCAGGAUCUCCGCGAAGCAGUUAUGGGGCUUUUAGAGGCUUCACUAUCUCCCGAGGGCUAUGACAAGGCCGUUGCCGCUAUGCGUAUCAACGGCUUCCUAGGCGAGAUUAUCCAGGUUCCAACCAUCAUGAAUGAGUUUUCUUAUAACUUUGCUUUCUUUGGUUCGGUCUCUUUGGAAAGUCCUUGGGGGUUCUCGUUCUAUGGUCAUCACCUCUGCCUAAACGCCUUCUUCUAUAAAAGGCAGAUGAUUCUUUCGCCCUGGUUUACAGGCGCCGAACCAAACAUUAUUGACGAAGGCCAGUUCAGCGGCACGAAGAUCAUGAGACGUGAAGAGAGUUUGGGGCUCCAACUUAUGCAGAGCCUUCCUGAAGAAUUCCAGUCUCGCGCGCAGAUAUACCGGCUAAUGAGGGACCCAGCGAUGCCCCGAGGCCGCUGGAACCACGAUGACCAGCGACACCUCUGCGGGGCAUAUCGCGAUAACCGAGUUGUCCCAUACGAGGGUGUUCUUGUUUCCGACCUACCGAUGGAACUGCAGGAUCUAGUUACUAAAAUUGCUUUGGAAUACCUGCUAUAUCUUCCUGAGCAGGCACGCAGACGCCGUCUAUCACAAAUUCGCUCUUGGUAUCAUGAAACGUAUUUUUGCUGGAUUGGCGGCUUCAACGAUGACGACCCUUUCUACUAUCGUCUUCAGAGCCCUGUAGUCAUUAUCGAAUUCGAUCAUCACUCGGGCGUUUUCUUAACAAAUAAGGAGCCGAAAAGAUUUCACAUUCACACUCUGUUAAGGAUGCCCAAUGGAGGAGAUUAUGGCAUGGCUCUUAGGCCACAAAUCACAGGCAAAACUCAGAAUUAUGAAUGGGUAGGAGGGAACUAG